AUGGAGGGCAUAGAGGGGCCUCAGAGUCAGAGCCUGGUCGAGUAUUAUGGUACUCAGCAUCAGAAUUCAAUCCAGAAUCAACCACAAAUGCAAGCUGCAUUCAACAAUUUGAACAAUAUGAAUAGUUUCCGUGUCCCUACUCAACCCAAUAAUAACGAACAUCAGCAACACCAACAACCCCAAGAACAACAACCUGAUGAUGAGGAAUUACAUGAACAACAACAAGAACAAGAAGAAGAGCAACAGCCUGUAGCUGAAGAACCACUAUACGUCAAUGCCAAACAAUAUCAUCGAAUACUAAAGAGACGAGAAGCACGAGCAAAACUUGAAGCUGAAAUCAAACAUGCAAAAGCCAAAAAGCCAUACCUACACGAAUCACGUCACAAACAUGCUGUGAGGAGGCCACGAGGUGCCGGAGGACGAUUCUUGACUGCCAGUGAAGUUGCUGCUUUAGAUUAUCAGAAGCGUGAAUCGGCUGAAUUGGCUGACUUGCAACGUGAGAAGGCGGCUGAAAAUGGUGGGGCUCCUGCUGAUGCUUCUGGUUCUGUUUCUGAUGCUCCUCCUCAUGGCGACUCAAUACAAGGCGGUAGUUCUGAACGAGGUACUGAUGGGAUUUGA